CUCAUCUCCAUGGCGAUUUGGUUUCAUGAUUCCUAUCAAUUUAUACAUCCUUUGCCAUAUCCGCUUGGCCUCCAUCAGUUCAUGGUUGGUAGUUGGAAACUUGAUCCAUUCGUUCGACUGUGCAACUAUGCUGUUCACAACUCUAUCCACAGUCCGAGAUACCGUUGCUUGACUAAUACCAAGUUCCUGACCAAUACCUUGUUGAUGUCCAGGGUCACCGAGAUAGCGUAG